UUAUUUAUGUAUGUAUGUAUGAUGUAUGUGCGUUCGUGAGUGUUAGUGGUUCUCUAAAAUUUAUACUUAACGCACAGACACACAGACAGGCACAGACAGGCAGACAAAUUAUUUAAACAUUCAAUAAUUCCGUCCAUCAUUGCUAAACAACGUAGGCCACCCCGAUAGCCAGCCAGCCAGAGAGACAGCAAGCCGACCGACGCCACUAACUAAUUAAAUUAUAUUAUAUUAUUAUUAUUCAAUUAUCAAAAUCACACACACAUUUUUUUUUUUUCUUUUUUGCUUCCACGCACUUCGCCUCGCGCCCGACUGCCCGACUGAUGCUGCGCUCGCUGCUGAUGCUGCUGCUGCUGCUCGUGGUGCCGCUGACGUGUGUGUGCGCGUUUGUGUGUGUUUUACCACCCUCUCAUUUGUGUGUCGUUUUAAUGUUAGGAAAUGUUGAUGAGCAAUUAUUAUUGUUUCAAUUAUAUAACGUUAUACAUUUAGCCAUUUAUUUGAAUAACAAUCAGCACUCCAUUGUUUCGUAUUUUAGAGAUAUAUAACUUUUAAACAUGACUACACGUGAACACGUUACCGAGUGGCGAAAAUAAACAACUUUACUCAGAUAACGGACGAUCAUAUCGUGUAUAUAUGUUUUGAGAUAAAUAAAUCAGUUCAUGGGGAAUGAGGGCGCAUAAACGUUUAAUUGAUGAAUAUAUGAAAACAAUGUUAAAAUUCAAUUUAAACAGACUGAUGUUAGUGAAAAGUUCCAACUGUUCGUACGUGAAAUCGUCUCGCGCCGCAAAGGCUCUCCUUACGGUAUAGCCGCGUGUCAGCUAAUGAAAAUUUCUACCAACCUAGUGGCGACAUCUGACGUCGUGUGAACUCUUUUUGUAUUGUAUUUAAAAGCAAUUGCAGCAUUUUAAUAUAAUAAUAAUACUACUUACUACUACAUACUUGUACUACUACUAUUAAUAUUAUUGUAAAAAUAAUAAUAAUAUUAUUACUACUAUAAUAAUUAUUAUUAUUAUUAUCAUCGUUGUGGUGGAGUGUAUGUUGCGCGCGUAUUGUUGUGCAUAAUUUGAGAAAAACAACCAAAAACAAAAAAUAUGGCAGACACAGCUGUUGCAACCGAAGCCCCAGCACCGGCAACCCCGGCAAAGAAACCUACCGCGAAGGCGGCCGCUGCAGGCGCUGCCGCAAAGAAGCCCAAAGCUAAACCUACACAUCCGAAGACAUCAGAAAUGGUGAACAAUGCUAAAGAGCUGAAGGAACGAAGCGGAUCAUCGUUGCAGGCAAUCAAGAAAUACAUCGCCGUCCAGUACAAAGUGGACGCUGAAAAAUUGGCACCUUUCAUUAGAAGAUAUUUGAAGAGCGCCGUCGAAUCGGGCACACUUAUACACAAAGGCAAGGGCGCUUCUGGAUCUUUCAAACUUGAAUCAAAAUCUGCAGCGUCGAAAAAUCAAAAAUCAGCCGGCGGUGUCGGCGGCGGCAGCGGUGGCAGCGGUGGCAGCGGCGCAGGCGGUGGACCUGGAAGAAAAGCCGGAUCGAAGGGCAACACUGCGAGCGGCGCUGCCGCGUCGGCCGGUGGUAAAUCUAAGAAGGCGACAGCGGCGGCAGCAGGCAGCAGAUCUAAAGCCGCGGCCGCUGCUGCCGCUGCAGGUGGUGGGGCGAACGCGUCGUCAUCGUCCGCAACGUCGCCGGCUAAAUCGAAAUCUUCAUCUUCCUCGGCCGCCGCCGCCGCCGACGAGACAAAGAAAGCCGCAGCUGCCCAAAAGAAGCCGGCGACCGCAGCGAAGAAAGCUGCAGCACAGGGUAAGGCCAAAAGCGCAGCCGCACCGAAGGCCAAGAAAUCCGCCAAACCGCCAACCAAGAAACCUAAAGCUCCUAAGCCCAAGAAGGCGGCCGCCUCAGCCUCUGCAGGCAAGGCCUCCAAGCCGGCCGCCAAGAAAGCUUCAGCCGCCAAAAGUGAACGCGAUAUGCUCACAAUGCACCUGCGUAAAUUGCCAUUGCCGUUGUCGUCGUCGCGUUCAAGUCACAUUAAUAACAACAUCAUCAACAUCAACAAGUACAAAUAUGAUUAUUAUUAUUGUGACGGAACGCGAGGAGCGCGCGCGUGUGCGAUCCAUGACGCACAAACAUAUACACAUACAACAGCCCUUUUCAGGGCUAACAAAUAUUUCAAAUCCAAUCUACGCACUUAUUUAUUAUUAUAUAAUAUAAUAAGUGUGAAUUUUAACAUUAAGUUUCUUAAGUUCGACAAGAUGACGAAGUCUUUACAUGCAUACAUACAUACACAUACAUAAUAUGUAUAUGUAUUAUUAUAAUGUAAUAUACCUGACUGCAUAUCUACCUAUCUAUCUACCUACUCAUUUUUUUUUUUUUUUUUUUUUUAUUUUAUUUAUUGAUUCGUUCAAUUUGGUGGGACGUAAGAAUUCCAUUUUUACGAUGAAUUCAUACAAUAUACAUACAUAUAGACAUUGACAUACAAAUCGCACGAGUGGCCGAAUUAUAUUAUAAUAUUUUGGAUUUUACUGAAUAGCUAUAUAUUAUAUAUGAAAAAAAAAAA